UCUAAUUUCCCAACUGAUCCAAAACCUCAAUUAGAAGAGCAAGAAGUCACAUAAAACCCUAAUUGUGUAAAAGUGCCAAAAGAAUCAGUUUAGUCACAUAAAAAAGCACACAUUUCAGUUCACCAAAUCAUACCAAUUGGGCCAAAAACUGCACGACAAGAAAAUUUACAAACCCUCCCUCCCUUAUAACACAUGUUCAUCAUCCAUACUUAACCAUAUACUACACGCAUUUUACCCACAUUUCCUAUCAUUCAAACACCAUGAUCAACUCUAGCAACAACUUCACUUCCGGCCUUUCAUUUUCGUCCGACGACCUUGCCGGAAACUUCGCUUCUCGGCGAUUCUUUUUCUUCUUCUUGCAGGAUGUUCAAAUUUUAGAGCUUCUCCUUGCUUUUUUUGUCUUUGUUUGCUUGCAUUCUCUAAGGCAGAAGAAACGUUAUGGUCUAGCGGUGUGGCCAGUUCUAGGCAUGAUGCCGUCUAUGGUUUUCGCUAUUCGGAGCAACAUGUACGAGUGGAUUUCGGACGUACUUUGUCGUCAGAAUGGAACAUUCAGAUUCAAAGGACCAUGGUUUAGCAGCCUCAAUUGUGUAGUCACUGCGGAUCCUAGAAACCUAGAGCAUCUUCUCAAGACGAAGUUCCCCAAUUUCCCGAAAGGGCAUUACUUUCGCGACACGGUUCAUGAUCUUCUAGGGGAUGGGAUAUUUAAUGCUGAUGAUGAGACAUGGCAGAGGCAGAGGAAAACGGCAAGCAUUGAGUUCCAUUCAACGAAGUUCAGGCAACUAACUACUGAAUCACUGCUUGAACUUGUUCAUUCUAGGCUCUUACCAGUACUAGAAAAUGCAGUACAAAAAUCCGCUGACAUCGAUCUACAAGAUAUUCUUUUACGACUAACAUUCGACAAUGUAUGCAUGAUGGCCUUUGGGGUCGAUCCAGGAUGUUUGAGUUUAGAUUUGCCUGAAAUACCAUUCGCCAGAGCUUUUGAAGAUGCAACCGAAGUAACAGUGCUGCGUUUUGUGACACCAACUUGUAUAUGGAAAGCUAUGAGGUAUCUUGAUUUAGGAGCAGAAAAGAAGCUGAAAAGAUCGAUCAAAGGAGUCGACGAAUUUGCUGAACAAGUUAUAAGGACAAGAAAGAAAGAACUGUCUGUAACAAGUAGUGACGAUGAUAAGAAGCAAAGAUCGGAUCUUUUGACAGUGUUCAUGAGGUUAAAAGACGAGAACGGAAAGCCAUUUUCCGACAAGUUCUUGAGGGACAUAUGCGUAAACUUUAUUCUUGCAGGUAGGGAUACUUCUUCUGUUGCAUUAAGUUGGUUUUUCUGGCUGCUUAAUAAGAAUCCCGACGUGGAAGAGAAGAUUCUUGCUGAAAUUUACAAGAUUGUUAAGGAGAGAUCGCAUCAUUUUGACCCUAAUAUGAGUGCAUUGGUGUUUAAGCCAGAGGAAAUAAAGAAGAUGGAAUAUUUGCAGGCUGCAUUAUCUGAGGCCUUGAGGUUGUAUCCUUCAGUGCCAGUGGACCACAAGGAGGUAAUUGAGGAUGACAUAUUUCCAAAUGGAACAGUGCUAAAGAAAGGAACAAAGGUGAUAUAUGCAGUAUACGCAAUGGGAAGAAUGGAGGCAAUCUGGGGAAAGGAUUGCAGGGAGUUCAAACCAGAGAGGUGGCUAAAAGAUGGAAGAUAUAUGAGCGAAUCUGCUUACAAAUUUACAGCCUUUAACGGUGGCCCUCGCCUCUGCUUAGGCAAAGACUUCGCUUACUAUCAGAUGAAAUUUGUUGCUGCCUCUAUCAUAUAUCGCUACCGAGUGAAGGUGGCCAAAGAUCAUCCCGUGGUGCCGAAACUCGCCUUAACCAUGUACAUGAAACAUGGUCUCAAGGUGAAUCUAUUGAGAAGAAACGGAAUCUGAGAGCUCUAUGAUUAAAAAGCAAUGUAGUAAAGAUGCUAAAUAUGUCAAUAAUUGUUCUUUUGGUUUCCUUUUUGCCUCUUAAAACUUGUUUUUAGACUUAUUAUUUGCAUUACACUAUACACUUUAAUAAUGGAUUUCUUAUAAAAAGUUGAAUUUGCACCA